UUUAUACUCUGAGCAGCCUCACAGUCAGCAGGAGCAGGGCUGGGCUUUUCUAGAAACUCUUUAAUCUCUUCACUGUUGCCGCCUCUUGGUGUUGCUGGCUGUUGUCUGGGUCCCAUCUAUGUCCUGCGUAUGUUGAACAGCUUCCUAGGUUUCUCUGUCUCUCCUCCCUGUUGCUAUGGAAACAGGGCCGGCCCAGGUGGAGCCACUGGCUGGCGUCUUGUCGAUCACGUGGGGGUCUGAGGAUGAGGAGCAGCGGAGAAAGUGAUACCCCUACAUGCACAUUAACGGCCACUUCAUGGAAACAAGUCGCUCAGCCGUGCUUCCUCCUCGGUUAACGGUUGAGAGAAAGUGACGGCGGCGUGGUGUGUGCCCGGGGACCGAGGGCGAGGCGGUUCGCAGAGGACCCGUCCGACGUCCAGCGGUCAACUCGCAGUGAAAACGACUCUUUAGGGAAUCGUUUUUCUGGAGGAAAAUACAUCUCGACUCUUCACUGUGACGGUUCUUAGCAUUUUCUGUGUCGUAGUCUUUUUCAGUUUUUUUUACCCGGGGUUUGGUGGAAGGCGCAUCCUGUAUGUAGCAUGGACUUGUAGCGUUGACGCCUGUGUAUUUACUCCCGGACAACCGGGGCAGGCAGACGAGGAAGGAACACCGAUGAAAAAUGAUGCAUCAUGGAGUCUGAGCAUCUGAACUUUGAGCAACAAUUUCAUGUCGGAGAGAGAGGCAGCGCGGGAGGCGGCGGAGCUGCGGAGGGAACAGCCUGACACGGAGGAAAACGAGCCUCCCUCUGCUUGUCUUGUUGUGAAUGUUUGACUCCUCUGUUCGCGGGCGACUCACGCACCGAAAGGACCUGGAGGACGGGACGACAGUGUGUGUUGUGAUGCUUCUGUUCCAUUUCUUUUCUGUUGUCAGUUUUGGUUUCUCCAGCAAGAUCUUUGCUAUCCCAGAAUGGCUCGCUUUGAAGACGAACUGUCCAGUCGCUAUGGAGGCAGCUGUCCCGCGGGCCCGGCCAGAGGGGCCAGCCGGCAGCCGGGGCCUCCGGGGGGCCAGAGAGUGUACAAACAGACGAUGGCCCAGAGAGCCAGGACCAUGGCCAUUUACAACCCCAUCCCAGUCAAACAGAACUGCCUCACCGUUAACCGCUCUCUGUUCAUCUUCAGCGAGGACAACAUCAUACGGAAAUAUGCCAAAAAGAUCACCGAAUGGCCUCCAUUUGAGUACAUGAUCUUGGCCACCAUCAUCGCAAACUGCAUUGUGCUGGCUUUGGAACAACACCUACCGGCCUUAGACAAAACACCGAUGUCAGAGCGUUUGGACGACACAGAGCCCUACUUUAUUGGAAUAUUUUGUUUUGAGGCUGGCAUCAAGAUCAUCGCCCUGGGCUUUGCCUUUCACAAAGGCUCCUACCUACGUAAUGGCUGGAAUGUAAUGGACUUUGUGGUGGUCCUAACAGGGAUCCUGGCCACAGUGGGGGCUGAUUUCGACCUGAGAACACUGAGGGCAGUGAGAGUCCUGCGGCCGCUCAAACUGGUCUCUGGCAUUCCAAGUCUUCAGGUGGUUUUAAAGUCCAUUAUGAAAGCCAUGGUACCUCUGCUGCAGAUCGGCCUCCUGCUCUUCUUUGCCAUCCUCAUGUUUGCCAUCAUUGGCCUUGACUUCUACAUGGGCAAGUUCCAUCAUACCUGCUUCAGGACUGACACAGGUGAACAGGCAACAGAGUUCCCCUGUGGCCUGGAUGCUCCGGCGAGGACCUGUUCAAACGGCACUGACUGUAGGGAGUACUGGAUCGGACCCAACUUUGGCAUUACCAACUUUGACAACAUCCUCUUUGCUGUCCUCACUGUUUUCCAGUGCAUCACCAUGGAGGGAUGGGUGGACAUCCUCUACAACGCGAAUGAUGCAUCAGGAAACACAUGGAACUGGCUGUACUUCAUCCCCCUCAUCAUCAUUGGUUCCUUCUUCAUGCUCAACCUGGUGCUAGGCGUGCUGUCAGGGGAGUUUGCCAAGGAGAGAGAACGGGUGGAGAAGAGGCAAGAGUUCCUGAAGCUCCGCAGACAACAGCAAAUAGAGAGAGAGUUAACUGGAUACCUGGAGUGGAUCUGCAAAGCAGAGGAGGUGAUGCUGGCUGAGGAAGACAAGAAUGCAGAGGAGAAAUCCGUGGAUGGAGCUUGGUACAAAAGAAAACACAACAACUCUGUGCUGAAAAGGACAAAGAAAAGUAAGAAUGACCUCAUCAACGCAGAGGAAGGCGAGGACCACUUCACUGACAUCUCAUCUGUUGCACCCCCAGGGUCGCCGUUUGCCCGGGCCAGCGUGAAGAGCAAGAACGAGAACUCGUCCUACUUCAGGAGGAAAGAGAAGAGGAUCCGCUUCACCAUCCGUCGCCUGGUCAAGUCCCAGAGCUUCUACUGGACUGUGUUGUGUCUGGUUGGCCUCAACACAUUGUGUGUAGCCAUAGUCCACUAUGACCAGCCUGAGUGGCUCACCUAUGCCCUAUACCUGGCUGAGUUUGUAUUCCUGGGCCUGUUUCUGGCAGAGAUGUCCAUGAAAAUGUACGGCCUGGGACCCCAGAACUACUUCCACUCCUCCUUCAAUUGUUUUGACUUUGGGGUGAUUAUUGGAAGUAUUUUUGAGGUGAUCUGGGCUGCCAUCAAACCUGGGGCCUCAUUUGGCAUUAGUGUCUUGCGAGCUCUGAGAUUGCUCAGGAUCUUCAAAGUCACCAAGUACUGGAACUCUCUGAGGAACCUGGUGGUGUCCCUCCUCAACUCCAUGAAGUCCAUCAUCAGUCUCUUAUUCCUGCUCUUCCUCUUCAUCGUGGUCUUCGCUCUGCUGGGCAUGCAGCUGUUUGGUGGCCAGUUUAAUUUUGAAGAUGAAACGCCGACAACAAACUUUGACACAUUCCCAGCAGCGAUUCUCACGGUCUUCCAGAUCCUAACCGGAGAAGACUGGAACGCGGUCAUGUACCACGGGAUUGAGUCACAGGGGGGCGUUCAUGGGGGAAUGUUCUCCUCCAUUUACUUCAUUGUUCUCACUCUCUUUGGAAACUACACACUCCUCAAUGUCUUCUUGGCCAUUGCUGUUGAUAACCUUGCAAAUGCCCAGGAGCUCACUAAGGAUGAAGAGGAGCAAGAGGAGGCCAUUAAUAAGAAACUUGCUCUCCAGAAGGCCAAGGAGGUAAAGGAGGUCAGCCCCAUGUCAGCUGCUAACAUUUCCAUCACAGCUUUUCUAACACGCAGUCGAGGUAACGCGCAUUCUAGCAGCUCAUCCAUCUGCAGCGUUAACUCACUGAGUUAUGUCUGCACCCCAGUCCAUCAAUACCUGAGUAAGGAGCAGCAGAAGUCAAUGAAGACGAUGUCAGUUUGGGAGCAGAGGGCCAAUCAGCUGAGGAGGCAAAACUGGGCGAGCUGUGAGGCCCUGUACAGCGAGCUGGAGCCUGAGGAGCGUCUCCGCCUGUCCUCGGCCCUCCACCUCCGGCCCGAUAUGAAGAGCCACCACGACCGGCCGCUGCUUGUUGAGCCCUGUGACAGGCCUUUGUUGGGCGGCCACCAGCACCACCAUCAUAAGCCCUGUGUGCCCGAGGAGGCUGAGACCGCCGCUGACCCUCCUGUGACCCACCAGCCUCGCCGCCACCACCGCCACAGAGACAGGGACCGGACCAGAAUGAGAGACGAGACAAACGAUAAUGGCGACACUGGGGGUCGACACCACGUCCAUCACAGCCGCUCCAAAGACCACGACGGCAGCCGCGGCAAAGAGGGGAAGAACGAGAGAUCCCGUAGCCGAGAGGGAGGCAGGAAGCAUCACCAUCAGAGCUCAGUGGACGACAGCGGAGGUGGAGGUGUCAGGCCAGAGAGAGAACAUCGCCAUCAUCACUCACACCGCCAGUCCCGAGGGGGCAACGGGACAGUGAACAGUGGAGGGAGGGAAGAGCGAAGAUCCCGACACAAAGAUGGAUGUAGUUCUCACAGGGACGGGGAUGUUAACUCCAGAGGAGACAGCGGUGCCAACGGAGAGAGGAGGAGACAUCGGACUCAUGGAUCCAGGGGCCAAUCCACCGCUGAGGGAGAGGAGUUCAAUGAGAGAGAGAGGAGCCAAUGUCACAGGGAUAGGUGUGGUGAGUCAGAGGGGGAGUCCCUAGCCAUCUCCCCCCAGCAGGGCUCUGGAGGGGCCAACUGGCCUCCUGACCGACCAGAGGACUCGGACAACCAGAGGAACGUCAGGCGAACCGGCCAAAGCUCCAUCCACAUCCCUCCUGUGACUGUCACCUCCCCGCCUGGAGAAACCAUGCUCAUGCAAAUGAACAGUAUUGACUGUGAGACAAUGCCCGUUAAUGAGAAGACUCUGGAGGAUCUAGGUCAAAGCGGACCCAAACCUAUCCUGCCUUACAGCUCCAUGUUCAUCUUUGGACAGACAAACCCGGUGAGGCGGUUGUGUCACUACAUUGUGACUCUGCGUUAUUUUGAAAUGUCCAUCCUGGUUGUCAUUGCUAUGAGCAGUAUCGCUUUGGCAGCAGAGGACCCUGUCUGGACGAAUGCCCCUCGCAACAAUGUGCUCAAAUAUCUGGACUACGCCUUCACUGGUGUUUUCACUUUUGAAAUGGUGAUCAAGAUGGUGGACCUGGGCCUGUUGCUUCAUCCUGGAUCCUACUUCAGAGACUUGUGGAACAUUCUGGACUUCAUAGUAGUCAGUGGGGCGCUGGUGGCUUUUGCAUUCUCGGGGACCAAAGGCAAAGACAUCAGCACUAUCAAGUCACUGAGGGUUCUCCGAGUACUCAGGCCUCUCAAGACCAUCAAACGUCUGCCAAAGCUCAAGGCAGUGUUUGACUGUGUGGUCAACUCUCUGAAGAACGUGCUGAACAUCCUCAUCGUUUACAUGCUCUUCAUGUUCAUCUUUGCCGUCAUCGCAGUUCAGCUCUUCAAAGGAAAAUUCUUCUACUGCACAGAUGAGUCCAAGGGCCUGGAGAAAGACUGCAAAGGACAGUUCUUGGACUACGACAAAGAUGAGGUAGCUGCCAUGCCCAGAGAGUGGAAAAAAUAUGAGUUCCAUUAUGACAAUGUGCUGUGGGCAUUCUUGACCCUCUUCACUGUCUCCACUGGAGAGGGCUGGCCAACUGUACUGAAGCACUCUGUGGACGCCACCUUUGAAGACCAGGGUCCCAAUCCAGGCUACCGGAUAGAAAUGUCCAUCUUCUAUGUGGUCUACUUUGUGGUCUUCCCUUUCUUCUUUGUCAAUAUCUUCGUCGCUCUGAUCAUCAUUACCUUCCAGGAGCAGGGAGACAAGGCCCUGUCUGAGUGCAGCCUGGAGAAGAACGAGAGGGCUUGCAUUGACUUUGCAAUUAAUGCCAAACCUUUGACACGCUACAUGCCCAAGAACACGCAGUCCUUCCAGUACAGGAUGUGGAAGUUUGUGGUCUCAGCUCCAUUUGAAUACUCCAUCAUGAUCAUGAUCGCUCUCAACACUGUGGUACUCAUGAUGAAGUUCCAUGGAGCUCCAGACUUCUAUGAAGCAAUGCUGAAGAACCUCAACAUCGUCUUCACCACUCUCUUCUCUCUGGAGUGCAUCCUCAAGAUCAUUGCGUUUGGUCCACUGAACUACCUGAAGGACGCCUGGAAUGUGUUUGACUUUGUGACAGUGUUGGGCAGCAUCACUGACAUCCUGGUGACUGAAAUCAAUGACAGGCUGCUGAACCUGAGCUUCUUAAGGCUGUUCAGAGCAGCUCGCCUCAUCAAGCUGCUGAGGCAGGGCUACACCAUCCGCAUCCUGCUGUGGACCUUCGUCCAGUCCUUCAAGGCCCUGCCUUAUGUUUGCCUGCUGAUUGCGAUGCUGUUCUUCAUUUAUGCCAUCAUUGGGAUGCAGGUGUUUGGCAACAUCGAGCUGAAUGAGGACACAGCUAUCAAUCACCACAACAACUUCCGCACAUUCCUCCAGGCUCUCAUGCUGCUGUUCAGGAGUGCAACAGGUGAGGCCUGGCACGAGAUCAUGUUGUCAUGUUUGAGCCACCGAGCCUGUGAUGAGCGCUCAGGGACCCAUGGGAAAGAGUGUGGCAGCGAUUUUGCCUACUUCUACUUUGUGUCCUUUAUCUUCCUCUGCUCCUUCCUGAUGCUGAACCUAUUUGUGGCUGUCAUCAUGGAUAACUUUGAGUACCUAACCAGAGACUCCUCCAUCCUGGGACCCCAUCACCUUGAUGAGUUCAUCCGGGUCUGGGCCGAGUACGACCCGGCUGCGUGUGGACGGAUUUCCUAUAAGGAUAUGUACAAUUUGUUACGCGUUAUCUCACCCCCCCUUGGCUUAGGGAAGAACUGCCCUAAUAGGGUAGCAUACAAGCGUCUGGUCAAAAUGAACAUGCCCAUCGCUGACGACAACACCGUCCACUUCACGUCCACCCUGAUGGCCCUGAUUCGCACCGCCCUGGAGAUCAAACUGGCCUCGGGUAUGGUAGCUCAGCGAUUGUCUGAUGCUGAGUUAAAGAAGGAGUUGUCCACAGUGUGGCCCAACCUCUCACAGAAGACCAUGGACCUGCUGGUGACACCGCAUAAACCCAAUGAACUGACAGUAGGGAAGGUUUAUGCAGCCCUCAUGAUCUUCGACUACUACAAGCAGAUUCGAGCACAGAGGCUGCAGCAGCAGCAGAACUCAUCUGGAACCCAGCCCAAGGUCGGGGCUCUGUUUAAGCCAUUGCCGCCUGUGACUCACGUGCAGGGGAAAGACAUGCCUAUGAUGGUAAACAGUGUGGAGCCUCCCAGCAUGCUUCAGCCUCAGCACAAACCCCAUGCCAAGUUCCAGCCACAGACCAGACCUAGCUCCAACUCGCUCAACAACGGAGGCACGCUGCCAGAUCAUGAUGACAACAUCAAGUCAUCAUCUUCCUGGGUAAUGGAGAAACCCCGGGAAGGGCCCCGGGCUAAGACUAAAAGAACCAUGUCAAGGGGCCCAUCAGAAGACACACCAGACACUGCCGUCAUUCAGGAGUCGGUGGAGAUGCAGAAGAUGAAGACCAGUGGCAGCAGUAUAAUCCCAGUCUCUGGCACAGGUCUGGAGAACCAGGGCAGAGCUGUUUCUAUGCCUCGACUCAGUGCUGAGCUGCAGCGGGGCCACUCACGCCACUCUCCAGGGAUCCAUCUCGCUUCUGUCCCUGAUGCCAGCACCAUGAAGCGCUCAGCCUCCACUGUGGCUCCACAGCGACCCCAGGAGGUCAACCUGAGGGACUCCACCCUGGAGAAACCCAGCCGGGAGCGACCCCACCACCAUCACCACCACCACCACCACUGCCACCACCGUAAAGACAGAGAUAAAGACAGAGAGAAGAGGCAGAGGUCUUUGGAUACACCUCUAGGUGGACCAACUCCAGGCUCUGCUGGAGAGCGAGUGUCUGACCCAGCUGCCCCCAGAGAGCGAGCCCACGACCGCGGACGUUCCCGAGAGAGGAAACACCACCACUCCUCAGCGGACAAGCAGCGCUACUACUCCUGCGACCGCUUCUGCAGCCGGGAACACUGCCACACCAAAUCUGCCACCGCGAGCUGUGCCGCCUCACCCAGCGAGGGGCAGGAAACCAGCAACAAGCAGGGCAGUGGUUGGGUUAAAGGCAGCCCAGUGGCACUGAGUUCCAGUUCUAGCACGCCGAGCCGUGGACGUCGGCAGCUCCCCCAGACCCCCCUCACCCCACGGCCAGUGGUGGCUUACAAGACUGCCAAUUCCUCCCCUGUACACUAUGUGUCCAGCCAGGCCUUUCUGAGUCCCGGGCGGCUGAGCCGCGGCCUGUCGGAGCACAACACCCUCCGGCACAGCAGCUCCUGCCACUUCCCCUGCCCCGUCACUCGUAUCAGCUCUGAGCCCUUCUUGGGCCGGGGCCACGGCGACGCCCCGGGCAGCCCCUACGGCAGCCUCCGGGACCAGCUGGAUGUCUUCCAGGAUGUGGCGUCAGUGUCGCCUAGCCCCCGUGCCGGACGCUCAUCUUGGACCGCACUGCCUUGCAUGAUAGGAGCCCUGCUUCCGGCUCCACAGCAGAACCUUGGGUUGCCCAAUGGGUACCACUUCAGCUUCGGGGGCAACACCAGCCCAGGCUCUGGCGUCAGGGCACCCAGGUAUUACCAGGAGGCAGAGGAGGACGAAUGGUGCUAGCAUGGCUUUAAACCAACCUUUUUAAUGCAUUUUUGAGGAACUGUGAUGAGUUUUAUCAUCUUCUUUGAAGGCUUCAGUUUACAUUGUCACUGUGUAUGUUUAAUGCUGUAUUUUAAUCCUAACUUAGAGAGCUAAGGUUAGGGAGAACAUCUAAACAGGGAGAACGUGAACAAGAAAUGGUCAUCUUUGUCAAAGGGCACAUUGCAUCAUCAAACAGAAGAGUAGACUUUUUGCCAAAAUCUGAUCUCACACAGUCGCGACCCUUGAUUUGCUUUGACUUCAGUGUUUUGUUGACGGCACCAUAUCGACCCUCAAACAGCAUCGCAUUAUAAACACAGACUAGACAUUCAAAUGAUUAAUUUCUUGACUUUGGAUGAUGUAGAUCAGCCACCAGAUCUGCUGUUUGUCAUUCAUAACAUUAGCAUUCAUCUGGAGUUGUGUCCAGUGGUGACUCAGCUGUUAGCUUGGCUUUGGUCUCCAUCAACUCCUGAUUAAAAGCUGCUGCUAGUUGCUGUUUGAUGCUGAGCAGGUGUAUGUACAGAGGGUUUAUCUUAGUGUCACUGCUUCUGGAAAUUAGGCUGAUAAGAGCAGUAAUCAAAACAGUAAAGUCAAUACAAAAAGCUGAAAGUAGAGCUGCAUGAUAUGCAAAAAAAAAUCAUUGCGAUUAUUUUGGCAGAUAUUGCAAUUUGCAAUUUCAGUUAGAAUGAUCGUCCUUGCAUUUUCAUUUUCACUGAAAAAAAUAUGAAAAUGAUGAUGAUGGGAUUGUUGUUGGUACCAAACCAACAUCCUUUACAUCUGGAGAAUAUGAUUUGUAGGCCGGGGCGUCACCACAACACUUAUGGUGCUAACAACGCACAACAACGUGACACAUUUUAACUUCAUCUGAAAAAAUUACAGCUCCUGAGAUUUGGAUAUUGCACUGGGCUUGUGAUUUCGAUUAUAUUUCAAUUAACUGUGCAGCCCUAGCUGAGAGGAUAAAAAAGAGUCAUUAGGCUAAUUGCGUUUGCAGACUGGUGGAAGUUCUCUAGCAUUUCACUUUGCACAAACAUAUUGAAGAAUAAGAUAUUGACUCGUGCAGCUUUAAUGUUUUUGUUUUUCAUCCUGUCAUGAUCUGCUCAGUUUACCAGGGGAAAUUAAUUUUGCAAAUGUGCUACAUGAUAGAGUGAGAAUCUUUCUUUCAGGAGAGAGCUUCUCUCUGUGCUCCACAUACACAAUAAUCAAAGAGGCACAUGCAGAAGCCGGCUUUUCACAAUGUUGUAAAUUAAGACAACACCACGCUCGACAUGAGUUGUGUGUCUUUAUCAGCUUGUUAACAGGCAUUUCACCUUCUUCCACAUCAUCAUUAUUAUUAUCAUUACAUCCAACAGCACAACCAAUGACAAAGAACCAUUUCAUGUUCAAGCUGUAAGUAAAGAGAAUCAGAAUCUAACUGUAGCUGAGAGUUGAAGUGCGUCUGAGAGUCAGUAUGGCCGUUUCAGCAGACAGUGACGGCGCUGCAUGUCAUGGAAACAGGACAAAAACCAGGUCAAUAGUUCAGUGAAACGAUAGUUUAGCAUGUUGGAAAACCUCAAAGAUAUUGUGACACUGUACAAAUAGCUGUGAUGUUCUUUAGUUUAGGACUCUACCAUUCUAUGAUUAUGCCUAAUCCUUUAUGACAUUCCCUUUGUGCGAGUCGAGCAGAUGACGUGCUGUCCAGCAGGCGGCCAUGAUUGUUUACCUGUUAAAUGUUUCUUGCAAACUUGAAGAGAGAAGCAACCCACGGUGGUGAGACGUACCUGACCGAUUUGUUUUCUAUAAAAAUUAACUUGUAGAUGUUUUCUCUCUUUUCUUUGUGUCAUUUUUUGUAUGACAUAAAAAAAAACUCUGGUGUGUUUUAUGUGAAUUGCUUUUGGUUUGUCAUCGUUCCAGGUCAAAUGUUUCUUACAAACUUCUUUGCAAUGUUUUAAGACAAAGUGCCUAUCCUUUUAGAUAUACUGUAGAAAAAGAUGCAACGUCAACUGUUUUCUAAUGCAUCCCACUUGAGUAGAUGUUUGGUUUAUUCUGUAUGUAGCUCUGCAGGAAAACAUGUUGUACAGAACGCCUUAUCUGCACGGAGAGAAACAGUACCUACAGUACGCUUAGAAGGCAGGAACUGAAAAAUGACCUUAUGAAAGUUGUUUACUUUUCUUGUUUUUGAUAAACCUUAAACCACAUGUAGGUGGGGGCAAGAAUAACAUUGUGGAAAUGCUAUGAAAACUGCAUAAAUAUAUCUAUCCAGUUACAUUAAUGCCAGUAACACAUUGUGCAUAUUUUUUUGGAAAAGAUGUCAUAGUUUGAGCCUCACAGGCUCCUGUCUGGUUUGGACUGUUGAGUGUGUGUUGGUCAGCUGAGGUCUAACAGGACCGGGGGGGGGGGGGGAGCACUUUCUUUCUGAUUUAAGACCCAGAGUAGCAAAAGGUGAUGCAGUCAGGUCAGGCCCGUGUGUGUGUGUGUGUGUGUGUGUGUGUGUGUGUGUGUGUGUGUGUGUGUGUGUGUGUGUGUGUGUGCAGUUUCACAGCAGGACAUGUUACAGCUGAUUCAUUCAUAUGAAACAUCAUGCUCCAGUCUCAGUGAAGACUGUGUCCCGGUUCCACUCCACAUACUAAAGGAUCUGUGUACUGAAGAUGCCAUCUUCUAAAUCUGCCUGACUGCAGCGAUCACACAGAAUGUCAAAGGUUAUUGUACCAGGACUCUGCACAUGAUAUCACUGAACUGUUUACAAGUACAUUCUACUUAUUGCAUAGAAGAGUUCAACCAUCUGCAUCACAAAAAAAGAAUACAUUUAAGGUAUGAGGCAUGAAUAAGCUUGAAAAAUCAAUAUUGAAUUUUUACUUGUUAAAUAUAAUUGGCAGUAUCCUUCCAAAUUUGCUGUUUGAUUGACAUUUGUUGAUGCAGGUCUUAUAAUUUCCUACAGUAAAAUAAAAAAAGAAAGAAAGAGUCCUAUUAUCUGCAAAACAAUAUCUGAAUGCUGGAGGUUUUUGAGUUUAAACAUUCAGCAGAUAGAAGCGUUUUGGUGACGACUGAUCAAGACACAUUACACUGUAAAAUAUCUGUCUUUCUGUACUUACAUCAGUCAGUCUGUCUCUAUGUUACAUAAACCUGUGGUUCUCAAACUGUUUCACAUCAAGGACCCGAAACAUCAGACCACCGUCUGAUAAGACUUGCUUUUAGAUGUUUUAUUACAGAAAGUGACCAGAACAGAACAUUUUGUCAUUGUGUUACUAGAUUUCCCUUUUUGAUGGAGACCCCCAGGAACCCCUGGACCCCACUCUGAGGACCUCUGCCCUGCACUGUUAGUAUGUUGUAAGGAGUUGGGGCACAGAUUAUAUGCUGACAAUACAUUUUUUGAAUGAAAGCAAGAAGUUAAUGCCUUCUUGCUGGGUCUUGUCAAAAUGCAUUCUGGGAAAUGUAGGAAAUCCUGCAGACGCAGGAGAUGAGGCACACUGAGGUAAUCUUGUGGUGAAUGAUCAGCUGUAUAAACACUGAGACUGGAGAGAAUGUAGUUACACACAACAGCUCCUGAACUGCACACAACCAUUAGACUGCUGUCCGUCAGUGGUCAGAGGUGGAUCUGACACUGCUAGACUAGAGGUUGUCCUACAGGCCAACACCUGAUCUCUGAUCUCUGCUUCCACUUUGAAGGAAGAGAUUCUCCAGCUGUCAGGUUUAUAGAAGUAACAUCUUCACACCAUCAUCGGCCACAGAGCUCUGGGGGACUGAAACUGAUACACGGAGGCUCAUCUGUUAUAUGCAAUCUGCUGGAUACACAUGUUGACAUCGAUAUUAGAUUGUCUUUAGUGAAAUGUUGAUGUACUGCUGAGUUUGUACAUCAUGGUGAUCCGAUCUGCAGCAUGAAGGUGUGCAGCGGUUAACUGGGUAGAGGGUUUUUGACGGCGGGAGACAGGGACCUUGUUGAACCCCAGUGACACACACUACAUGGGCCUGACACAGAGUAGGGCUAUGCAACAAGACAAACCCAUUUGUCCAUCCAUUCUGUAGCUUUACAUGCUGGUCUCUUCAGAUUCAGGCUUCAGCAUGAGUGUGACCAAAUGUUUUAUAGAAAAUGCUUUGAAAAACCAUGCAGACAAAAAAGACUAAAAUACAUAAAGGCACAAAGUGUAAACAAGAAACAGAAUAUUUAGGAUUACAGCAACUUUACACAUAUAUUUGCAUGCAUAACAUUUACCCACUUUGACAAUGUCAAAUGGAGAACCCAUGGCUCAAAAUGGGAGGAGGUGUUUCUUGUUAGGUCAUAACAAAAAUGUUUUCAUUAAUCAGCCUAAAAUACUAUCCAAGUGAUUAUUUUUGUCAGACGGGAACAAGUUCUUCUGCAGAUAGAUCACAGUCAUUAUUUUAAAGGUUUUGUGACACUAUGGCAGAAAAAUUCUCAAAGUACCUGUACCUUCUUCAACUUCGUGGCCUCUGUGUAGCGUCAAAUGAAACGUACCUGUGUACACGUCUGGAACAAUCGGCCGCCAAACAUUAGAAGCAAUCCGAUCUCUUUAUUUCUGCAUCCUGCUGGCCGCUGCCAGAUGCAGCUUUUUCUUGAGAAAAUACAAAUGUUUGCAUGUUCUGACAAUGUAUGUGCAUGUAGAAAACUUAGUACUUUUAGAUACUCUGUGUUAUUUUGUUGUUGAUUUUUAAUAUUUGAUAUAAACUGUGGGGUUUGUUGAAAAGACAAAUUUCUAUUAAGAACAGUAUUGACCAUUGUUGAUAGUUCCACCCCAUGCAGCGGAGCUGGAACAUUCCUUUAUUUGGGUCUUGGGAUUCAGUGAAAUGUUUGUUUGCCUGUUUUUCAGUUUAUUCGCCAGCCUUUGAAUUCUACAGUUGUUUCUACAUUUAACAUUUUGUAUGAAGCAAAGUUCCUUGAAAUAAAAAAGAAUGAAAUCAA